GUGACGUCACGGGGGCAUUCGCGGCCUCUUUAAGACCCCCGCCUCCGCCCCCUUUUUCCUUACUCUGCCCCGGCUCUCUGGCUGCGCUCACUUCUUUCCAAGUCAGGUCCUCUCUAAGCUUCCAUCCAUGGCUUCUGCCGGCCUCCAGGUUGUGGGCAUGGUCCUUUCAUUGCUGGGCUGGAUAGCAACCCUCGUGUCCUGUGCCAUGCCCAUGUGGAAAAUCUCAGCCUUCAUUGGCAGUAGCAUCGUGGUGGCCCAGGUGAUAUGGGAAGGCCUGUGGAUGUCCUGCGUGGUGCAGAGCACUGGCCAGAUGCAGUGCAAGGUGUAUGAUUCCAUGCUGGCCCUGCCUUCUGACACACAAGCAGCUAGAGCUCUCACAGUUGUCUCUCUGCUUCUGGGCCUGGUGGGCCUGCUGGUCUACCUUGCUGGAGCCAAGUGUACCACAUGUGUAGAAGAUGAGGAUGCCAAAGAUCGUCUUGUACUGACUUCAGGGAUCAUUUUCCUCCUCUCAGGAAUCCUGAUCCUGAUCCCUGUAUGCUGGACUGCUCAUGCAAUCAUCAGAAACUUCUACAACCCCCUGGUGAUGGAGUCUCAGAAACGGGAAUUGGGGCCCAGCCUGUAUGUCGGGUGGGCAGCCGCAGCUUUUUUUCUGCUAGGUGGGGGGUUACUGUGCUGCACUUGUCCCAAAGGUAGCUCAAGGGGCACAGGUCAUUAUGUGGCUCGAUAUUCUGCUUCUGCCCCUCCUCCAGGGGGCUCCCGAGGUCCUUCUGAGUACCAGGCCAAGAAUUAUGUAUAAAUCUGGAAGGAGGAGGGGCUUGGAGAACAAAGAACCCCCUGAGGUAAGGGAGGUCCUCCUACCCGUUUUCUUUUCAAGUCUUGAAAUUUUUGGGUUUUGUUUUGCUUUUUUAAAAACCCCUUGGAUGAUUGAGCCAAGAGGAUAACUCCACAUCUCUUUCUGGUUUUUGUUGGUGCUGCUGCUGAUACAAAUAACAUCUUCUAGACAUUCUUGGAUAAGGAACUACAGAGAUGCUGCUCAAGACAUCCAGCAUCCUUUCCUGGAUAAUGGCACCACAGUGGAUCUAUGUUAAUUUCUCUGGGACUGCUAGAACUAACCUUCUUUGGUUAUGAGAAUGAAUUUUAAUCUGUCAAAUGCAAAGUUCUCCAGUGUGCCUAGUCCUUACCAUCUCCAAUUCCCAGGAAAAUGGGACCACCAAGAUUCAAAUCCUUAGCCUUUCUUAGUCUCCAUGGGAGUUAUCAUAGCUAUUAUCAUUCCCCUUGGACUCCUCAAACUCAUGCCAGCUUUUGUUAUCCUGCUCUAACAUACUUAAUCCAGAAACCAACAAACAAUAACCCCAUCCUGCUGAUGUUUUCCCUCCCUCUCUUUGUGGAGUUACCCUGUUUGGAUAUUUUUAGAGAAUAAAGUGUGUCUUAUUAAA